CUCUUUCAUACAUUUUUUGGCUACCACAUGUUGUGUGUCAAAUCUCCAUCUAAUCAAUUGACAUCCAAGAAAAGGGGCCAGAGGAAAAGGAAAUAAGAGAGAAUCCAGACCCAAACUCAAGCUGCUCUUCAUUAGACAGAAAGACUAAAGACUAAAGAGAAGUAAGAAUCAUCAUCAUCAUGAAUCAGUGUGUAGUACCAAAUUGGAAUCUAAAGCACCAAAGACAGGAACAAGUCGAAGAAGAAGGCAACAGAUCUUCUCACGUGCUCAACUCCAGUAAUGCUUACCUUGUCCCCAUGUCUAACUAUGAAGUUGCAGAGCUAACAUGGGAAAAUGGCCAGCUAGCCAUGCAUGGCCUCAGUGGGCUCCUUCCUACUGCGCCCCCGACAAAGCCAACGUGGGGUAGAUCCAAUGACACCCUAGAGUCCAUAGUCCAUCAAGCCACAUGCCACAAACAAAAACAAAAUUUCAACUUACUUCAACACGACCAGACCCGGUCAAACAGAAGUUCCAUUGCUGCAUCAUCCGUGGGAAACUGGGCUGAGAGCUCUUCUCGAUUGCCAGUGGCAGCAGCAGCUGCACUCUUAAAGAAACGGGCACGGUCGGAUUCUGAUCAAUGCAGGAAAAAUCUAAGUGGCGGUAUUCAAGAAGAUAGAGCAGACCGCAGUGCAUGUGCGAGUGCUAGUGCUGCAUUUUGCAGGGAUAACGAUGCAACUAUGAUGACUUGGGCUUCACAUGAAUCUCCUCAGAGCAUGAAGACUAAAACCGCCGAUGAGGACUCUUCUUACCAUGAUGGAUCGGAAAACCAAGAUGAAGAUAGGGAGACCAGAGGAGAAACAGGUCGCUCCCACUCUACGAGACGAAGUAGAGCUGCAGCUAUCCAUAAUCUGUCUGAAAGGAGACGAAGAGAUAGAAUUAAUCAAAAGAUGAGGACUCUUCAGAAGCUGGUGCCAAAUGCAAGUAAGACAGAUAAAGCUUCAAUGCUUGAUGAAGUGAUUGAAUACUUAAAACAACUCCAAACACAAGUCCAGAUGAUGAGUAUGAGAAGCAUGCCUCAGAUGAUGGUGCCUCUAGGAAUGCAGCAGCAUCUUCAAAUGUCUCUUUUAGCUCGGAUGGGCAUGGGAAUGCUGGACAUCAACUCCAUGGCUCGGUUUCCUUCCCAAUCUCUUCCUCCUCUCAUGCAUCCUUCACCAGUCACUGUUCCUCCCACAUUUCUUCCUCCCUUUGUGGCACCGCCUAUGAUUCCAACACGCGAGGCAGCUCAAGCAAAUUCAGAUGCUAUCUCUAAUGCCUCAGUUCCUUUGCCUGAUCCUUAUUGCGCUCUCCUAGCUCAAACCGUCAAUAUGGACCUUUACAGCAAGAUGGCAGCACUCUACAGGCCACAAAUUAAUCAAACAACACAGACAGCAAGCAGUCCAUCGCGGUCAAACAACGUACAAGAGGAUUAAGACGAAAAGUACUAAGCAAUAAAAAUCAGAAACAGGGAAAAUCUUUGAAGUCCAAAAGCCAUAGCCUAUUUGCGUCUUCGAUCAGUUUAUGUUAAUUUGUCACAUAGCAAAAACAAUCUUGUAUAGUAGGACUUUGAUUUGUUUAAGUCUGGCAUAUUUUUUUCUUUUAUGUAUGUAUUUGACUGGCCAUUGAGGUCGACUGUUUUCCUCUGUUGCUGGUUUGGAGUUUUUAACUAAACCCUAGCCUCCCUCUGUGAUGCUUUCCUUAGUCUACGACAACACAAGAAGCGGAAGACUUUAGGAAACUAGAAUAGCGUGAGUGUUCUCAUUUGCAACUUGGAAAGCAUGUUUUCCCUAUUUUCUACAGUUUCCAGAAUGUAACAGUACAAUCCCUAGUAAUCAACAUGGAUGUAUAUUUAUUGCAAAA